GACAGGCCUGAAGCAGGGAGCUUUUGUUACAGCUAGAGGGAGAGAGGGAGACAGUAAUAUUAAAAUACAUAGGGAGCCAGAUUUAUCCAAAUUUCCCUCCAACAUCCCGCAAAAUUCAAGGCCCUCUCUCAAAUCUACAGCUACCAAACGAACCAUGGGAAUCGAGAAGUGACCGCAAAUCCCCCCAGUUUUCUCUAAAUACAUUGAGUUAGCAAGCGAAGGGGCCUGUACUUACAUUUUCUCCUAGCUUUUGUUGUAUCUGUUUUUUAUACAUUGCACCAGGAAGCUCUAAUAUUGGGUGUAUGUGUUUAGAAUGGAACACGCUGAAGGCCCUGUAAGAGAAAGGGAAAGUUAAGGAUGCUGGAGCAGAACAAUGGAUUUCUCCUUCUCUUUCAUGCAAGGGAUCAUGGGAAACACAAUUCAACAACCACCUCAGCUUAUUGACUCGGCCAACAUUCGGCAGGAGGACGUGUACGAUGCUGGCAGUGACACGGGGGAUGAUGGGGGCCCCUCUGCCUACGAAUCGGCCCUGGAGUCAGGCUUCUCCUACCCCCCUUCGGCCUCUGAAGACCUACCGGGUGUCACUAAUGGAUACCCCCCUGGAGUGGGCCUGUAUGAGCCCCAGGCCAAAUACGCCAUGUACUCGCAGUUCCCCAAUGGCUCGGCCAAUGGCUACAGUGCCAUUCGUGGCUAUGGAGAGCACUGCCUGCUGCCGGGGGAGGGGACGGUAUUGAGGGCACCCGUCGUCCAGGAGAAACCUCCUUCCCCUCCUUCGCCCACUCCCCACCACCUUCUCCAUCACCACCACCACCACCACCACCAUCACAAUCACCCGCACCAUCCUCACAGCCCCCCACCUCUGCACUCCCAGCACCCCCAGCACCACCCUCCCCCGCCCCACCUCAUGGCACAUAUGCUGCCCCCUCCUCCCCCUUUGCUCUUGCCCUUGUCCCCUCCGGCCCCCUCGCUGGUGGACAGCACCCAGCCACACCCCCCGCCACCACCGCCGCCCACCACCCCUAAGAAGACCAGCUCCCCCGAAAUCAAGCUGAAGAUCAUCAAGACCUACCAGAACGGGCGGGAGCUGUUUGAGUCGUCCCUGUGCGGGGACCUGCUGCACGAGUUCCAGGCCAGCGAGGCGUCCCGCCGGCGGCACGAGCGCAAGAAGGAGAAGAGGAAAAAGAGCGGCAGCCGGCACGGACAGCAGAAGGAGCAGGAUGUGCAGCAGGAUUUGCCUCAGGUGGGCGCCGCGGAGCCGGCCAGCAUUGCGGGGCCCCAGGAGCAGCCAUGCGACCGCACAGAGGGGCCACAGAGGCCCCGGCAGGAGCAGACGCACAGGAGCCUCAAGAGCCCCAAAGCGGAGCCCAGGGAACACAAAAUUCAGAAGCACUUUCCUACAGUCAUCACAGGCACUGGCUCCUGCAAGGACCAUGAGGUUGGAGACCUGGUGUGGGCCAAGGUGGGGACGUACCCCUGGUGGCCCUGCAUGGUUUCCUACGAUCCACAGCUGGACGUUCACACUCGAAUUAACACUCGAGGUCACAGGGAGUACCAUGUUCAGUUCUUCGGAAGUGUCCCGGAGAGGGCGUGGAUCCACGAAAAGCGGGUGGUGGUGUACCAGGGCCAGCACCAGUUCGACGAGCUGCAAGCGGAGACGCUGCGCAAGACCUCCAACCCGGCGGAGAGGCACAAGCUCCUGAAGCCCAUCCCCCAGCGGGAGCGGGCGCAGUGGGAGGUGGGGGUCGGCCACGCGGAGGACGCCUUCCUGAUGACCAGGGAGGAGCGCAUCGAGAACUACACCUUCAUCUACGUGGACAAGGAGCCGCACGCCUCGCCGGGGCGGGCGGGGGCCAAGGCGGAGAGGAGGGCGCGGCGGUCCCGCGGCAGCAGCAGCGGGAGGGACCCAGCCUCUCCGGAGGCGGAGCAGCCCCCCCGCAGGCAGCAGCCCCGCCGGCAGUGCAGCGCGACCAGCACAGAAGAGCCCCCCGUCCCGUCCCACGAGGAGGCAGGACAGAGCCCCAAAGCCCAGCCCCAGGCCCCCGGGGAGCCCGUAGACACUCCCCCAGUCAAAACUGCAUGGAAGACGGCUGCUGCCCGCAAGCUGCUCCCUCUCUCCAUCACCAUGAAGAAGCUCAAUGUGGAGAUUACCAAGUGUGACUGGCCCCUGACUCGGGACAAGGCUCCCUCGCCCAGAAGGACAGAGGGGGAAGCUAAGCAGUCUGACCCAGCCUCCUGCUCACCUAGGGGCUGCAGUGGUAAACCUGAGAUGAGCUCCAAGGAGCAGGAAAAUCAGGUCUCCCCUGCGAGCCGAAGGGCUGAUCUGGGAUCAGUGCAGCACGGGUCGACAGAGGCCUCAUCAGGGUCGCUGGAGCGCAAGCAGCAGCGCAGGUCAGUGCGGAGCCGCUCCGAAUCGGACAAGAGCUCCGAGCCCGUCCCGAAGAAGAAGGUGAAGAAGGAACAGGCAGAAGCGGUACCACAGACAGAUCUGAAGACAGGAUCACAGAAAGGAGCCAGCGAGAUCUCGGACUCCUGCAAGCCUCUGAAGAAGCGGAGUCGAGCCUCCACGGACUUGGAGAUGGCCAGCUCCCAGUACCGCGACACGUCCGACUCUGAUUCCAGGGGUCUCAACGACCCGCAGGUAAUCUUCGGGAAGUGCUUGGACAGCCCUGCAGCUGCAGACGCAGAUGCCUCUGAUGCGCAGUCUGUUGACUCCAGCAUGUCAAGGCAGGGCAGCAGUACGUCGAAGAAGGACAAUGUUUGUCAGAUCUGCGAAUCCUUUGGCGAUUCCUUGGUAAGCUGCGAAGGAGACUGUUGCAGGCUGUUCCACCUGGAGUGUUUGGGGCUGACGUCUUUAACGGAGGGAAAGUUUACCUGCGUGGAAUGUAGAAACAGCUCUCACUGCUGCUUCUCCUGCAAGGCAACGGGCAGCGACGUGAAGCGCUGCGCGGUCAGCGGCUGCGGCCGCUACUACCACGAGCCCUGCGCCCGCAAGCACCCCGGCGCCUCCGUCGACUCCAAGGGCCUCCGCUGCCCCCAGCACAGCUGCGCCACCUGCUGUCUGGAGAGAGACCUGCACAAGGCCAGCAAAGGUCGUUUGAUGCGCUGUAUGCGUUGUCCCGUGGCCUAUCACACAGGAGACAGCUGUGUAGCUGCAGGCAGCUUGGUCAUCACACCCCACAUUAUUAUAUGUAGCAACCAUUCCAACUCCAAAAAGAAUGGCCACAUAACGUCACCUGUAAACGUAGGCUGGUGUUUCAUCUGUGCCCGAGGGCUGUUAGUGCAGGACCAUACUGACAACAUAUUAAGUUCAUAUGCCUUUAAGUCCCACUACCUUCUGACUGAGUCAAAUCGUGCUGAGUUGAUGAAAUUACCUAUGAUUCCUUCUUCUUCGUCAGCUACCAAAAAGAAUAUUGGGAAAGGGGGAAGACUGCUGUGCUGUGAGUCAUGCCCUGCCUCCUUCCACCCUGAGUGUUUGGAGAUGGAGAUGCCUGAGGGGACCUGGUCCUGCAGCGAAUGCAGGGUGGGCAGGAAGCCCCAUUACAAGCAGAUAGUCUGGGUUAAGCUGGGGAGCUACAGAUGGUGGCCCGCAGAAAUCUGUAACCCCCGCCUUGUCCCCUUCAACAUCCAGACGUUGAAGCAUGACAUCGGGGACUUCCCUGUCUUCUUCUUCGGUUCCCAUGACUACUACUGGAUCAACCAGGGGCGAGUCUUCCCUUAUGUGGAGAGUGACAAGAACUUUGCCGAAGGCCAGAUGAGUAUAAACAAGACUUUCAAGAAAGCUCUUGAAGAGGCUGCCAAGAGGUUCCAGGAGCUCAAGGCCCAGAGGGAGAGCAGGGAGGCCCUGGAGCAGGAGCGCAACUCUCGACGGCCCCCACCCUACAAGUUCAUCAAAUCCAACAAGCCUGUGGGGAAGGUGCAGGUACACGUGGCGGACCUGUCGGAGAUCCCGCGCUGCAACUGCAAGCCCACAGACGAGAACCCGUGCAGCGUGGACUCACAGUGCCUGAACCGCAUGCUGCAGUACGAGUGCCACCCGCAGGUGUGCCCGGCGGGCGACCGCUGCCACAACCAGUGCUUUUCCAAGCGCCUCUACGCAGAGACGGAGGUCAUCAAAACAGACGGCCGGGGCUGGGGCCUCAAGACCAAACAGGACCUGAAGAAGGGAGAUUUCGUGAUGGAGUAUGUCGGGGAGCUGAUUGACUCAGAAGAAUGCAGGCAGCGAAUCAAACAUGCUCAUGAAAACCGUGUGACCAACUUCUACAUGCUGACCCUCACCAAGGACCGUGUGAUUGAUGCCGGACCCAAAGGGAACUUCUCCCGCUUCAUGAACCACAGCUGCAGCCCCAACUGUGAGACGCAGAAGUGGACGGUGAACGGAGACGUCCGGAUAGGCCUCUUCGCCCUGUGUGACAUCGAAGCUGACGCAGAGCUGACUUUCAAUUACAAUCUGGACUGCCUGGGCAAUGGGAGGACGUCCUGUCACUGCGGGGCAGAGAACUGCAGCGGCUUCCUUGGGGUGCGGCCUAAGAGCACGGUUGUGAUAGAGAAAGAAGAGAAGGCGCGCAACACCAAGCUCAAGCCCAAGAAACGCAAGCUGAAGCCGGAGAACAAGCAGAACCACGAGUACUUCUGCUUCUGCUGCGGUGACGGCGGGGAGCUGGUCAUGUGUGACAAGAAGGACUGCCCCAAAGCCUACCACGUGUUGUGUCUCAACAUGACCAAGCCACCUUAUGGGCGAUGGGAGUGUCCAUGGCACCACUGCAGCGUAUGCCAGCGCGCCGCCUCCUCCUUCUGUGACUUCUGCCCCAGCUCCUUCUGCAGGGAGCACGAGGCGGGGUCGCUGGUGAGCUCCGCCCUGGAGGGCCGCCCCUGCUGCUCCAGACACAACCCGGAGAGCCCCCUGAACGCCGAGUCCGAUCUCGGCAGAGUCAAGGUCAAAGUGGAGCCACCGGAGCCUGUCGAGGAGGCAGGAGAGUGAGGAUGGCCCCCUGCUGGGAGCACUAGAUGCUGUGGAAGGGGGGAAGGCUCACAGAAAUAAGAUGCGACAUACACAAAGGAUGUAAACUUGCAGUGUAAGUAGUGAAAGUAGUGGCCUUCUCGUUGGCAAACCGCAGUGAGGAGAGAGAUGAGAUUGUCCAUAACUUUGGAGAUGUGUGUCUUGUAGACUCAGCCUUGCAGUCCACUUCAGUUUAACAACAGGCAUGGUUUUAAAAAGGCCUUCGGGGUUGGGUUUCCGGUACAGUAAAAAUGUUCUUAUUUCAUUUUAUUUUUUUAUGGAGGGAAGCCAGGUGUUACAGUAUUCAUUAGUGGCACUGUUAAGAACUCUUUACUUGGUUGACGGGAACAGGCCAUCCUCUCAGCCCGGUUGCUUUUACUAGUUCCAUUCACUGGCUGUGAACUGUGGUUGCCUGGAGCCUUUGUGUCUGAGCCAGUCAACACACAGUGCAGAGAACUCAGUGCCUUGCUGGCACACAGAAGCAAACACCAUCUCUGCUCCGCUCACUGAAGUACUCAUGCAUCACUCCAAAAUCGCUGUAGUUCAUGUACCUCCUGUAAAAAAAAAAAAAAACUGAUAGGGAAAAAGUUUGUGCAAUUCUAACAGGAUUACAGUACAUUUCAGUCAUGACACCAUUUCAUAUCUGAACAUAUUGUUCAAGGUCUUUUUAUAAGAGACAGUUAAGUUCAUCUAUUAAAGC